UAGAUCAGCUGGUUUUGUGUAAUUUUCUAACCAAAGUUUUCCAUAUACACACAAACCUGUUAAUUUUAAACUAACAUUUUUAUGUAACGUUUAAUUAUCAUAAACAACUUAAAAUGAUGCACAAAUAAUGACCAAUUUUAUCUUACACAAACAGCAUACUUUUAUCUCAUUACUCAUUUCACUCUCAUUGUAAGAAUGGCAAGUACAGAAGAAAGCAGUUGGAGAAAUGCCAUAUUUACACAAUUACAAUUCAGAAAUAGAUCACAAACUGAAUAUUUUCAAGAUCUUAUUGCUGCACAUAAUCGACUGUUUGAAAAUGUGGAUACACUACGGAAUGAGAACUUACAUUUAUCCCUUCAAAAUGAAAAACUUCGUACCGAAGCCGUUGCUAGCGGUAGCUCUACAACUGGCAGUAAUUCGGCGUCAGAAGCCCGUUUAACCGAACGAAUCCAAUUUCUCGAGCAGAAGUUGCUUUCACAACAAGAGGAAUUGACCGAAUUGCAUCGGCGAAAAGGGGAGAAUGCGCAGCAAAUUAUCGAUCUUAAUAUUAAACUUCAGGAGAAAGAGAAGCUGUUAUCCAAUAAAGAAAUUAGCUUAGCCGACAGUGCAGCUUGUAUAUCUAGUCUUCGUGCGGAAAUUCGUAUGUACCAAAGUAGUAUAAGGGAGCUUGAAAAUCUAAAUCAAACCAUACGAGAUGAACACCAGGCUUUGCAGCUGGCAUUCGCUUCGUUAGAGGAGAAAUUGAGAAAGCUACAGGAGGAGAAUAGGCAGUUGUUAGAUCGACUCAUUCACUAUAAAACGAAAGAUGCCGAGAAAAUGAACGAGGAGAAUGACAACUUUCUAAAUGACGUUACCAGGGGAUUUCAAUUGAGCAGUUUUCGUUUAUUCAGAAAAAAACACGCAAAGGUUCAAAAGGAGCUAGAAGAAGCCUGCAAAGACGUCAGAGCAGUCAAUAUGGACGACGUACAAGAAGGUCUUGGUCCAAUGUUCACAUCUGCCUUACCCACUAAAGUUACCGUUAAAUUUGAUGCUCACGAAGGCGAAGUUAACGCGGUCAAGUGGGGUCCAGAUCAACACAUUGUUGCUACCGGUGGUGCAGAUAGAAAAGUGCAACUGUGGGAUAUUUCGAAAGGAACGUUUAAAAGUCGCGGAGUGCUCGUCGGUAGUAACGCGGCAGUGAUGUCGGUCGAGUUUGACUGUACUGGAACUUUAGUGUUAGGUGCUUCGAAUGAUUUUGCUAGUCGAGUGUGGAGCAUCGCUGAUCAACGAUUAAGGGUAUUGGGAUAUGUUAAAGUUGAUGUUGUAUAUGAGGAUUUCAAGGGAGAUUUAGAUGCUUACAUAGUUACAGGAAAUAAACAUUCAUUGCUAGGUAGAGAAUGGAUUAGAAAGCUAAAAAUACAGUUAUUAGAAGUGGGAGAGUUAGAUAUAGUUAAUAAUAAUGUACAAACAGAAAUUUCAGCAUUAUUAAAUAAAUACAAGGGAAUCUUAGGUUCAGUGGAUGAUCACCCUUUACCAACUAUUGAUGAAUUUUUUGCAGAAAUGGCAAAUGGGGAGAAAUUUACAAAAAUAGACCUAAAUAAAGCAUAUUUACAUUUAGAGGUGAAGGAAGAGAUGAGAGAUAUUCUUACGUUAAGUACACAUAAGGGAUUAUAUCGUCCAACUAGAUUAAUGUUUGGUUUGGCAAAUGCACCAGCAGUGUGGCAAAGAACAAUAGAACAAAUUUUACAAGAGAUCCCAGAAGAUGAUAUCAACGUAGUACCUGAAGUUGAUAGUAAUAGAACUUUGCAAUCAGGAAGUACAACCGAUAAGGAAUUAUCUAUGCAAGAUUCUGCGCACGAUAAAAAUGAUCAUAUUCAGCCAACAAUGACCGAUAAUGCAAAUGUUCCGGUGUUUAAGACGCUCUAUAAGGACUAG